AUGAACGCCCUCUUCUCCAGCAAACUCAAGUUCCCCAUCCACAUGGUCCAGCUCCUACUCGUAGCAGCGGCCCUCGGUCUCUCAGUAGCACGCAUCUUCAUGCCGAACCGUCCCAGGGGUAGAUCAGGCACAAUGGCACUAGGCAUGUCCGCAAAGUCCCUCGCCAUCAUCCUCUACCAAGUCCUCACCGAACACGUCCCCGCCUUCCACCGCUGGGCCUCGCUCAAGGCCAACCUCAUCCUCAACGCCAUGGAGAUCGUCUUCUGGGCCGCGGUCGUCUACAUGGGCAUCCAGUCCCAAACCCAGCAGUCCUGCAUCGGCACCUCCUGCACCAUCGGCUGGGUCGUCGUCGUCCUCGGCAUCCUGCUCUCCAUGGUCGCCGGCUACGCCACCAUCAUCGCCUGGCUCGACUUCCGCUACUUCAAGAAGAACGGCGUCCGCCGCGGCGCCAUGGGCCACGACGCCGCGCCCCUUGAGAGCCGCUGCGAGGACCAGAGCGUCGAGAGCGUGCAGAUCCAGGAGGUGCGCCGCGAGCAGAGGAAGAACGGCGAGGAGCAGAGGUACGCGACCGCGGCGUACGGACAACAGACCCAGGGAUACACCCACCAGCAACAGCAACAGUAUGCGCAGCAGCAGGCGUACCAGCCGGCGUACCCUCAGCAGACAUACGGACAGCAGUACACCCAGCAAGGAUACGGAAGACAGUAA